GCAACCAUUUUUUGGACCGAGAAAGAGCAAAUAGCCGGAGGGUGCUGCAGUUGAGCCCUUAUCCAAAGCAAAGCAAAUUUGAGGCUAGAACAAACAAACAGGCACGUACGUGCUGCGCUGUGCUGUUUGCCAUUGCCAUGGCCAUGGCCGUGGGCGCCGGCUUCUCCUUCUUCCCCACCCGCUUAAGCUUAAACCACCCAAAGGCGACGGCGACGGCAACAGCAACGGUGAGGACGAGAAUAUGCCGCUGCGCCCUCAAGGCUGCUGAGAUGACGGUGUCCAUCACUGGAGCCACCGGCUUCAUUGGACGCAGAUUGGUGCAAAAGCUUUUAUCCGAUGAUCAUAAGGUCUGCGUCUUGACACGCUCCGCCACCAAGGCCGCUUCAGUUUUCCCUCCUUCUGCCUAUCCGGGAAUUAGAAUCGCUGAGCUUGAAGACUGGGAGCAGUGUGUCAAGGGUUCCACUGCCGUUGUUAACUUGGCAGGAAUGCCAAUCAGCACAAGGUGGUCACCUCAAAUUAAGAGGGAAAUUAUGCAGAGCAGGAUCAAUGCCACAUCCAAGGUUGUGGAUCACAUCAAUAAUGCCGGAGCUGACGCUCGGCCCUCUGUCUUUGUGAGUGCCACAGCUAUCGGUUACUACGGUACAAGUGAAACCAAUAGCUUCGAUGAGACAAGCCCAUCAGGCAAUGACUACCUAGCAGAGGUGUGUAGAGAAUGGGAAGGCAGGGCGCGGCAAGUAAAUGAGGAGGAUGUACGGCUAGUGCUCCUUCGGAUAGGAGUUGUUCUUGGCAAGGACGGUGGUGCUCUGGCCAAGAUGAUCCCCCUUUUCAUGAUGUUUGCCGGUGGACCUCUGGGCACGGGACGACAAUGGUUCUCUUGGAUUCAUGUGGACGAUCUGGUGGAUCUCAUCUACGAGUCUCUCAAGAACCCGGCGUACAGAGGGGUGAUCAAUGGCACGGCCCCCAACCCGGUGCGGCUGUCGGAGAUGUGUGAGCGCCUGGGGCAAGUGAUGGGGCGGCCGUCGUGGCUGCCGGUGCCGGAGUUGGCGUUGAAAGCCGUGCUGGGCGAAGGCGCCACGGUGGUGUUGGAAGGGCAGAAGGUUCUUCCCGUGAGGGCCAGCCAGCUGGGCUUCUCCUACCGAUACCCCUACGUCGGAGACGCUCUCAAGGCCAUUGCCAAAGACCUCGUCCCCUGAACUGAAUCCUGAUCGAUCGAGCUUUUUUAUACUUGAUUCAUUAGUUGCUCUCUGCAUCUGCAAUUCUUCAUUUCUUAACAUUAUAAGAAGGAAUACUUUUUACUCCUAGAUCGAUAUGCAUAUAUGCAUUGAAAUAUAUGUGUAUAUAAUGUGCGUUUGAAUGCAUGAUGGUUAAUAAUUAGAUGCAUGCUCGCGUAUCCUCCGGCCGACCGGAGAGACAUAUAUGGAUGCUGAGUCCAUGGAUAAAUAGGAGGACGGUGUUGCGUGUUGUGGGAUAUAUGAGGAGGAGGAUGAGGGGCGUGCGUGUCGCCGCUGCUGCAUUUGCGGUGCUGCUGCUGCUGACGCCGGCGACGGCGCACAUCAGGAUGGAGGUGGCGACGGAGGAAGACGAGAUGGAGCACAUGGGCCACGCUCACCACGCUGGCCCGCUGCAGGACCUCGUCGGCGUCGCCGCACGCAUCCACCAGCACAUGCUCGACAGUGUCUAUGGCCGGCGCUCCCAGGAAGCUGCAGCAGGCACAUAAUAAAAUCCCCUCAAUUCAAUCGCGUGCGUGCGUGAAGGAAAUUAAGCUAAUUGCACUAUGUAAUGUAUGUAUAUAUCUACUCCAGGAAACUAGAGGCUGUACGUGUUUUGUAGUGUAGCGCAAGCCUUAAUUUGCGCGUAAAUUACUUUAUAUUUUCCAGCUUGUA